AUGGCCUCAAUAGGAAAAUUGCAGGGCGCUUUGGGAAUAGUCUCCAACGAGAACACUUUGGCUCUUGGGAACCUCGACUUUGACUUUUCACGCUUCAUAGCUCAAGUUCCGGUGGAGUUCCGGGGACUGGGCGCUGUCUCGAUUCAGCGGCGUGCUGAUGCUGAAGGUGGCACCUAUCACCAGACAGCCAGAAGACUCGGAGCGUUAUUCGAACAGGUUUUGCCAUCUACACCCAGGCUUGUCCGAGCCUACGGACAACGAUAUUCAGACAUAUCUCAAAUGCCCGAUAUCAAUCCGAAUGGAUCAAAACGGUAUGGUACCUUCGAACAACAGACUCCGGAUAAAGGGACAUCAGUCUGGGACGAGAUUGUUAACCGGCGCAAGGCUAUGAUUAAGGCGGAAAACAGUGGAGUAGAAUCUCAAAAUUGGUCGACAUUGAUGGCAUCCCAACAAACAAUAUCUAGAAAAGAACUGGCUGCCUGGCUUCGUCGUGCAGACGAGGCUACGAAUAAGGAGCAGAUGCGUCUCAUGUUGAUAAUCAAGAAUGUUAGCAUGAGCGUCAAUAAUAUUAGUGACACAUAUGACAGUGUCAUGCAAGCCUGGCGAAUUUCAUUAAGUGCUAUGGAGAAGAUUAUCAAUGGCAUGCCACAGAUGGCCCAAAAUGGCGCUAUGCUUCUUGCCUUAUCUGCCUGGCACAUCUAUCCGGACCUUAACAUCUUAAGAGAAGCUUCCAAGUUAGUCUCUUUGGAAGAUAAAUUGGUCGCGAGUGGUGGAACUAUCACAAUCCGAUCCCGGAAUGAAUAG